AUGUCGCUCGCACGCUCCUUCCAGCGACUGUCCCUCGCAGCACCGACCCACGCUGCGUCGUCGUCGUCGCGCCCCGUCCCCUCGCUCGUCCUCGCCGCCGCAACUUCUCGCUCGUGGUCCUCGUCGCCCUCAACCAGCACCACCACCGCCACGCGCUCGUACGCGUCCCACGCCACCCACCUCGGCAACCUCGCUCCUCACCCGGGCUCAAAGUCCAACCGCAAGCGCAUCGGUCGCGGCAUCGGCUCCGGUCGCGGUGGCACCUCGGGUCGGGGCCACAAGGGCCAAGGCGCGCGCAGCGGCAACAGCAAGCUCAAAGCCGGCUUCGAGGGCGGCCAGACCCCGCUCACGCGCGCCUUCCCAAAGCGCGGCUUCACCAACCCCAACGCCGACAACCUCGUGCCGCUCAACCUCGAGCGCCUGCAGCACUGGAUCGACCGCGGCCUGAUCGACCCCUCGAGGCCCAUCACCAUGCGCGAGCUGUACCAGACCCGGUGCGUCCACGGCGUGCACGACGGCGUAAAGCUCCUCGCCGACGGCGCCCAGCACUUUACGGCCGAGGGCGUCGAGAUCGUCGUGUCCAAGGCGAGCGACAGGGCCAUCAAGGCCGUCGAGAAGCUCGGCGGUACCCUCGUCGCCCGGUACGAGAACCGCUUGACGCUCCGCGCCCUCAUCCGCCCCGAGUCCUUCUUCCUCAAGGGCCGCCCGCUCCCAGGCAAGGCCGACCCCGUCGCCCGCCGCCACCUCUUGUACUACUCGAACCCGGACAAGAGGGGCUACUUGGCCCUCGAGGCGCUGCGGGUGCGGGAGCAGCGGGAGCGGGAGCAGGGGGAGGGCGCGGAGCUGAGGGUGGAGGUCCAGGGGCAGCAGGGCGAGGCGGCGCCGCAGCCGAGUGCAUGAGCGAGCGCGAGCGGGUGGGCGUCGGGCGAGGAAGGUGGCGCGAGCGCACGCGCGCGCGUGCGUGUAACAGCAGCAGGAUGUCACUCUCUC